CACAGAUUGAUCGAUGGUCCUUUCCUAACCCUGCUAUGACAUCAUCAGCAAGAUUUUUUUUGCUGAAAUUAGUGGCGACAGAGAAACCUGAGAGAAGUGACGCUGGAAGAGUCUGACCUCCAGAGUACUGCAGGGAUUAGCAGCGGCCAGGGAAAAGGGACCGUGGAGCUGCCAAACGGGUCAGGCUACCGAGGACAGAGCAGCGGGGUACCUGCUCUCUUUAUUUCAAGGUGGAUUCAGGCUACAGAGACAAAGUAAUGCAGCAUCAAGCUUACCAACCAAUUCUACCCAGUGUCAAUAAAUAUCUGCAAUACAAAUGGGACAAAAGCUGUUACGAGACGCACAGGAAAAAGGUUAAAUCUGCAAAACCAACUAUUACCACAACUCCACCGAAGACCUACAACCACUUAAUUGUCAAGCUAAAGAAACUACAGCUGGAAGAAGAACGCGUUUCAAGAAUCAAAAGAGAAAAUCUUAUGCUCUUGGACAAAAUGUCCCAUAUAAUGCAGACCGCCGGGGGAGUUGACUGCAAAAAUGACUAUGUUAAAAAAAGUCUUGGCAAGGAAAAAAGACAGCUGGAGCUGCUGCAUAUUACUAAAGAGAACCAGAGAAUACUUCAGCGCUUGUCCACAUGCAGGCCACAUUAUAACAUUCAAGCCUGGCACAACCAGUGGCUUAAAAACAUUGAGUUCAUGAAAAAUAUAUCGAGAUACCCAAGCCAAUACACCCAGGGAUCCUUCUUGCCACCAAUUUCUGCAGACAGGCACGGGACAGUAGUUCACGACAAAGUUAAGAAGAAAAACAUUACAAGACAUGUGCAUGCAAACUCUGCUGGUAUGAUGAAUGAGAAAGAGGACUCUGAUAAGGAGACACAAUCUGAAGUCAAAGUUACAUCUGAAGCAUAAAUCCUGCACCACAUAAUGUAACUAUUUGACUAUCAGCUCAAGACAUCUAUAUAUUUUCUAUCAGUUUAGGAAACUAAUACCACAUAUGUUUAUGUCUAUUGGAUGGAUUUAUGUUAAUGCUGUAGACGUUUACCUAUGUUGAUUUAAAUAAAAUAUCAACAUUAACCACUAGGGGU